UCUAAUAUUGCGUAAUCUAAUGUUUACAUAAUCAAACCGUGAUAACCAACGAGUUGGGUGAUAACUUCUGAUACAUAAAAAAGUCGCUCUUUCGUAAUUCUAUUAUUUAUUUUAUUGCUUAAAGUGAUAUAUAGUUUUAUUUUUCUUGCUUAGGAGUGAUAAUACUCAGUUUUUGCAGUUAUUAAGUAAUUAGUUUGGUUAGUGGAAUUUAAAAAAGAAAUAUUGAAACGAAACGACUUCCAAUUAAAAACAAACAGUAAAAUGUUAAAGACUGGUGAGAAAAUCAUGAAAAUCGAAACUCACGACAUGCACACCGGAGGUGAGCCUGUGCGAAUCGUCGUUUCCGGCAUGCCUGAACUGAAGGGUUCUACAAUUUUGGAAAAGCGGGAUUAUGCACGAACUCAUUUGGACGACUUCCGCAAAUUAAUAAUGAACGAGCCGAGGGGUCACAAAGACAUGUAUGGUGCUAUUAUAAAUCAAGUGGACCCAUUUGACAAAGACAUAGGGGCAAUCUUCUUCCAUAAUGAAGGUUACAGUUCAAUGUGUGGUCAUGCUGUUAUAGCUCUUGGCCGGUAUGUAUUAGAUAGAGGAUUGGUAAGGCCUACUUCUCCUGAAACUGAGAUAGUAUUUCACUGUCCUUGCGGACCUGUCAAAACUGUAGUCCAGUAUAAUAAUGGUUUUAGUGGACGGGUUUCUUUCCGUAGUGUUCCUGCUUUUGUUUACAAACUUGGCAUUGAUGUUAAAGUUCCUUCAAUUGGAGUAACUAAAAUUGACAUUGCAUUUGGUGGGGCAUUUUAUGCAAUUGUUGAAGAUAAAGCCCUUGGUUUAGACAUUAAAGCUACACCUUUAUCUGAAAUUGUGAAAUGUGCUUCUUCAAUUACAGAAUAUGUCAAAAAGCAGGUACCAAUAGUUCAUCCUUUUGAGAAAGAUUUGAGUUUCUUAUAUGGUACUAUUAUCACGGAUGGAAAUGAUAACUAUGAAGAUGGGCCAUCUACUAACAUUUGCGUUUUUGCAGAUAAGGAGGUGGAUCGGAGUGCAACUGGAUCAGGUGUAACAGCUCGAAUCGCUCUUCAGUUUAAAAAAAGGAAGAUGACACUGAAUCAAUCAAAAGAAUUUAGAAGUUUGAUAGGAACUGCAUUCUCAGGGAAGGCUGUUGAGGAGACAAUAUUUUCUGAAUAUAAAUCUGUCAUUGUUGAAGUAUCUGGUAUGGCAUAUCACACUGGAUCUCACACUUUUUACUUAGAGAAAGGUGACCCUCUAGGAACAGGAUUUCAACUAGAUCGAUAAUCAUUGUUUGUUAUUAAGGAGUCAUAUCACAAGUCUCUUUUUUUUUUUGGGUAAAAGUUUUUUUUCUUAUGCAUAUUAAGUUUUAAAAUAUUUUAGUUUCUCAAUAUUUGUCUUUUUUCAUAUAAUUUUAAAAGAAGUCGAAAAUAACUUUUAUAAUAUUACAGGGUGUGAAGCGUUUUUGAAAAGUGCUUAUGUUGGAUUUAUGUUUUUUGAAAAAAAAACUUUAAAGGUGCUUUUUUUUUCAAUUCGGUAUUUGUAAAAAGUGCUAACUUUUAAAAAGAGAUUUUUCUUUUCUGUGUCGAUUGUCGUUCUAAAUUACAAAAUUUUCACAAUUUUCUCUGCAAUAUUUAUAACAAACUAGUUAUUUUAUCAUGAUUAUGUAAAGUUUUCGAAAACGGUUUUGAAUAUUACUGAUUUUAUGUUUAAAAAUUAAGAACUUUAAAGAUAGGAAGAAAAAAAAAUUAUUACUGCAAAGAUCCUAAUUAUGAUUUUUUUUUUGGAAAGUGAUUAAAAAUAUAUUUUGAGGGCUUAAAAAAUAUUUAAAAGGUGCUUAUUUUUUGUUGAAAAAUCUGACUACCACACUCAGUAUUAAUUUAAUAUUGAAAAUCUGUUUAAUAUUUUAUAUCAUGUUACACUACACACAUUCCUUCACAUUUAUGAAUAGUUCCUGAUAAAUAACAGUUUCAUAGUCCAGUUUUUUAUUAAAAUUAAUUACUAAUCUUUUUUUAAAAAAGGGGUACUUCGCAACUUCUUCCGCUUUUAAUAAGAUUUUUUUUUAAUAUUUUUAGUUACAGUAAUUUUUAUGCUUCACCUUUUUGUAUUUGAUUUAUAAUGAUUUAGUCCAGUGUUUCCCAAACUUUUGUGUACCCUUUCUAAAUUUUUUGUAACGCUGUGUACCACUAAUAAAGAAAAUGAAUGUAUUUUUUACUAUAAAAAAGUUGCACAGAAGUUAAAAAUCACUACAGACUGUCGACACCACCAAUUACGAACUGUUAACUCUGCAAAAAAUAGCCAAUAGAAAAGUACGUAAUCGUAAAUUGUCCUAUCUAGCUUUCUUUUUAAUUUUGCUUUAAAAUUUUCGCUUGUUGCAAGAUAGAACGUGUACUAUACUUUAGGAAACACUGAUUUAGUCCAUAAUUGUAAAUAAUUUAAAGUAAUAAUAAGUCUGUUGUUCAGUGAAAUUUUAUUGUAAGCAUAAUCUUAGUUGUUAAUUGGCUAUCACUAUAUACGCUACCCUACAAUAAUUGAAGAAACACUUUCAGUUUUGUUUUUUUAAAUCUCUCAAACUUAACAAUAAAGUUCAAAGCUUUCAGAAGUUUGAGGGAUCAAAAGCAGUUCAUGAACAUUUUACAUCAGAAAAUAUAACAAUAAGCUUGUAUGGAUAUUCUUUUAUUAUAUGCUUUUCGUGAGCCCUGCUUAAAUAUUGAGGAAUAUUAUAUUAAAAAAAAACUAAGUUUUUUUUUGUCUUAUGUUUCUCGCUAUAACUUUAAAAAAAAUUUGGAGCAAUUUUUAAUUCAUAUGUAAAUAAUUUGAAAAGAUUUUAUUAGAAAUUGCACAAGACGUGAGCUUUUAAAGUAAUUCUUUCAUACGGCAACUAAGCAGAAAACAUCUAAAAUAAAUUUCCAACUUUUGUAUUUGGUAGCUACUGAAAAAAGUCCAAUUUUAGUAUCUUGAAAAUUUGAAAAGUUACUACCAAUUUGUUAAGGGGUUUUACACAAAUUUUAUUUUAUACCAUUUAACUAUAUUUAUUAAAAAUGAUGCCGACAUAAUAGAAAACAAUCCUCUGUUAAAGUAUGUUUUCUUUUUUUGUAAAGAGAAUCAUUUUAGAGCAUUACAAUUUGACACAAAAUGAUAUUUGUGAAAAACCCUUGAAGCUUUCUUUAAAAAUUUACAGAAACUUUUUAUAUGUUUAAGCUAUUCAAAUCUGACUUUUAUUAAUUACCAAAUACAAUUCACUACAAAAUUGAAAUAUUUUUCUGUUUAUGAGCAGUAUGAAAUAACUACUUUGAAUGCUCAUACUUUGUUUCAUUUUCAAUGAAAUUGCUUAAAAAAAGGUAAGACAAAAAUUACUUUUUUAAGAAUCUCCAUAAAUAGUUAAGCGGGGAUUACAAAACUUUAUGCAGUUAUUACAUGUAAUAACCAAAGUAAUUGAUAUUAUUUAUAAGUUUAUUGCCGAUCCCUCUAACCUCUGAAAGUUUUAAACUUUAUUGAUAAGUAGGAGAAAUCAAGAGACCUAAACAGCGAUAAAAUAAUUCUCUUAAGUAUUUUGUGAGAAAUUUAAAAUAAAGUCAAUUAUUGUAUGGUAGUGUAUAUGGAUGUCUAUGGUCAACAGAGUGAUAAUUAAUAAAAAAAGUUUAAAGAUUCAAAAUAAUUUUACUAGUGCUUUUGUAAGCAAACUUUUAUUGAACAAGAAAUGAUAAAAACAACAAUGAAGAAAAAGCUUCAAAAUGAAUGUAAUAUUCCUUAACAAUAGUUACAACAUAAAUAUACUUCCAUUUCAUAAAAACAAUAACUGCAUCAUUUUUCAAGUUAAA